CUCUCUCAAUCUCAACAAAUGGAUGCUAGAAAGAGAAAGAGAGAUACUACAUCCGAAUUCCCACUCAACGACCUCAACCAAGACCUCCUCGAGAGAGUCCUCUCAUGGCUCCCCACCUCCUCCUUCCUCCGCCUCACCUCCGUCUGCAAGCGCUGGAAAUCCAUCUCCCACUCCACCUCCUUCAAACUCGCCUGCUCCCAAAUCCCCUCCCGCCGCCCCUGGUUCCUCAUGGUCCCCUCCACCACCACCCCCAAUCCACCAAUCAUCUUCGACUCCGCCGAAUUCAAUUGGAAAAUCCUCAACAAAUUAAACCAAAUCCCCGUCGCCGCCGCCGCCGGCCUCCUCUGCUUCCUCCGCCCCGACGCCGGCUUCACCGUCACCAACCCCGUCACCGCCUCCUCCCGCCACGUCGAUCCCCCGCCCUCCACCGCGAUGCUCGCCGUUGCGAUGGCAGCGGAAGGCAAAAAUUUCAAGCUCGUGUUACUCUCUGGCGAGCUUCCGAAUCUCAGAUUUAGAGAGUACAGCUCCCUGACCCAGCGAUGGAGCGAGGAGGCUUCUUUAAUUAGAAAUGGAGUAGAAAUACACACGCCGUAUUUCCUAACCAAAUGCGGCAAUGUGGUGACGACGCAGAUACAGAGGAGCGCGUCGAAGCGGUACGCGUCGCUUCUCAUCGGCGGAAUUCUGUACUUCCUGAGCUCCGGCGGGACGGUGGUGGCGUGCGAUCUGGAGAGGAAGUCCUUCUUCGAGUAUCCGCGGCUGCUGCCGGCGAUGUCGGAGUACUCGAUCGAUCUGGUGGAGGUCGAAGGGAGGAUGUGCGUGGUGCUGUUGUCGGAGUUUUUGGAGACGGCGAGCCUCCGUGUGUGGGGGUGGGAUGAGGCGGGGAGGCGUUGGGAGCAGAGGGCGGCGAUGCCGCCGUGGAUGUCACACGGAUUGUAUGGGAAGAAGGCGGAUGUGAAUUGCGCGGGCGGCGGCGACGGGAAGGUGUUGGUGUGUGUGAAUUCUGCGGAGAUUUGUAGGUAUGUGAUGUGUGAUUUGGGGGAAAAUGAGUGGGAGGAGUUGCCGGAAUGCACCGUGGACGGCGGCCGGAGGGAAUUUGUGUCUGCUUUUUCAUUUGAGCCUAGGAUUGAAGUUUGAUUGAUUUUUUUAAUUUUAUUUUAGUUUUUCUAGUUGUAUGGAGUAGUUCAUUAUAGGAAUUGAGAUGAUGUUUAACAAAUAUUUAUUGGAAAUUCAACAGCUUGUACGUUGAAUACAAAGUUAUCCUUUUUUAAAAGUUCAAUCAA